UACUGGGAAAACAUUGGGUUGAGGUUAAAAGUUUUCAUUGGGAAACAAAUUCCCAUAUAUUUUGUUUUGAUUUCCCAAAUAGAAAACUGUGUGCGUGAGGAGCAACAAUGUUGGCGAAGUGUGCAACGAGGACAUUGGCCAAUGUGUACGGUGGCCUGCGUGCCAUUGCUACCAGCAGUGUUCAACGGAGCGACAAUCUCUUCGUCCACCGCGACACCCCCGAGGAUAAUCCCAACAUACCAUUCGAGUUUACCGCUGAGAACAAGAAGCGUGUGGAGGCCAUAUUGAGCAUCUAUCCGGAGGGCCAUAAACGCGGCGCCAUGAUACCGCUGCUGGAUCUGGCACAGCGCCAAUACGGCUGGCUACCCAUUUCGGCCAUGCACAAGGUUGCCGAGAUUCUGGAUCUUCCCAAUAUGCGUGUCUACGAGGUGGCCACCUUCUAUACGAUGUUCAUGCGCAAGCCCACAGGCAAAUAUCACAUCCAAGUGUGCACCACCACACCCUGCUGGCUGCGUGGCUCCGAUGAGAUUCUCGAGACAUGCAAGAAGCAGCUCGGCAUUGGCGUUGGGGACACCACCAAGGAUAAGAAGUUCACGAUCUCCGAGGUGGAGUGCUUGGGUGCCUGUGUCAAUGCCCCUAUGGUGGCGGUGAAUGAUGACUAUUAUGAAGAUUUAACCGCCAAGGACAUGCAGGAUAUUUUGAGUGACCUUAAAGCUGAUAAAAUUUCGCCACCGGGACCACGCAAUGGACGCUUUGCCAGCGAACCAGCCGGCAAUGCCACAUCCUUGACAGAAGAGCCAAAGGGUCCAGGUUUUGGUCUACAAGCUGGUCUCUAAAUUUAGUUGCAAAUCAUGUUAAACUGUAACUAGCGGUAAAUGAAAUUGGAAUAAACUUUAAGCAAAUCCACUAAA